GUUGUUCAUAGAAAUACGUUUACGUACUUGUAUACGUAUUUAUGUGUAGUAAUAUUAAUGUGUAUUUGUCUUCGUGUCCCUAUGCUCUGUUUUUUUUUUAUUUAGAAAUUUUAAAUGUUAUAAACUUGUAAAAAAUCCUGGAUCCUGCAUGAUUCGAUCGAUUGAUAAGCGAUUAUCUUACGUAUAAUUCUUGUGACAAUGAGCUUAGCAAUCAUAAUCACUUAUUUUUGUAUGGCUUGAUCUUCUGUCACGGGUGUUAAAAAGUGUAUCAAGUACAUAGAAAGAACGAAAAGCGAAAAUGUCCGAGAUCGCGGUCGGCCGUUGUGAUGUUUGAGAUCAGUAAGAUUAGUGUAACAGAUGAGGAAGAUGGGUUGUUGAUGAGCAGCCAGGUGAGCGAAGUUCAGAUCGCGUAGCUACACCAAAGCGCCUAGACGUCCAAGACGUUCGAAGGAUAUCCGCUGUCGGUCACCUUAUUUUCGGAGAGCCUUUUUUCGUUAUUCAUCAUGAGUUGGCUGCACCGUGAGCUGGAAACCAUGGAUCCCUCGAUCUUUCUACAAUAUUCACCAUCCCCUCCGAAUGGGCUACCACAAGAAUCGAAGUUGGCAACCUACAUGAAUCGUUCCACUUCCACUCCCACAAGAUCCCUCAACCAGGCUCUUGGGAAACUCAGCUUGGAGUCUUCACCCACUGCAAUUAAGAAGGUGGUGAUAACAGAAUUUGUUCCAAUGAACUACUUUCCUCCACCUAGCCUACUCCAGCCGGACUCUCCAGAAAGUUCUUCCCCGUCUACUAUGGCGGCAGUUCCCAACACUUCUCAAGUACAUCAGGAAAAUGUUGGUGGCACCACAUACUUCUAUUCCACCAACUCGGAUAGCCUGAACACUUCUGGAGCCUUGAAUUCCUCCGCAUCCAUUGGCCCUUCGGAGUCAUGCUUGAGUGGUGCCGUGGGCGGUGCGGCCUCGCCGUACGCCACUCAGAUCUACUCCGGAACACCAACCCAUAUGGGUCCGAUGACUUCGAAACAAGGUCUGGCCGCAUCCUUCUACAUGCCCGAGACGAUCCGCUCUGAGAUUUACGAGAGAAACGACGAUGUCUUCUUGCAAGCAGAUAUGCGCCAGUAUCCAGAUUUACCGGAAAACGUGGAAAUGUAUUCCGAACUGACACCGUUGGAGAGUGUCGCGCCGCAUUCCAUUGCGACGUCGUACCGCGCCACACACCGGCAGAGCGGUGAACACUACGCUCUCAGGCGUCUGCACUCAUACUCCACGUCUAUCACGAAACGCCUGGAAAUGUGGAAGCAGAUUGACCACCCCAACGUCGUGAAACUACACGACUGGUUCACUACUAAAGCUUUUGGGGACCACUCAAUGGUACUGGUGUACACGUACCACCCAGCGUGCACGACUUUGAUGAAUAAGUAUCUGUCCGGUGGCGCUGGAAACGCCGCCAACGAUGCGAACGGCGCCUUCCACGACCCGUUCUCCUCCGACCCGGAUGCACCCCGUCCAUAUACUCAUCAGAAAAAUGCGAUGCUCCGCGCGGUGGCGAGUGGCGCCUUGCUCCCCGAGGCUGUAUUGUGGAGUCUCCUUGUGCAACUCACGGCGGCGCUUAGAGCUAUACACACUGCCGGACUAGCGUGCAGUAGCUUGGAUCCCACGAAGGUGGUCAUGAAUGGGUGUCGCGUGCGCAUAUCCUGGUCCGGAGCCACGGACGCUCUGCAUGCUAACAGCACUGAUGUUGCGCAGGCGCAGCAGGACGACCUGACGGCUCUGGGUAGACUCGCGCUGGCGCUGGCCUGCCGCACCAUCCACUGCGACAACCUCGCCGCCUCCAUGGAGCUCGUCGCGCGGACCUACUCCGCCGACCUAAAGAACCUUAUACUGUAUUUAUUAUCGUCGUCGACCGCUCGCCGCUCCGUCACUGAUCUCAUGCCGAUGAUAGGUGCCAGGUUUUACACGCAGGUGGAGGCGUUGGAGCGACGCGCCGAUGUAUUUGAAGAUCAACUGGCUCGCGAGAUUGAUAAUGGAAGACUGUUACGCAUACUCAUCAAAUUAGGAGUAGUUAACGAGAGGCCCGAGUUGAACCUCGACGCGUCUUGGUCUGAGACUGGUGACCGGUACAUGUUGAAGCUGUUCCGGGACUACUUGUUCCACUCAGUGACCGCAGACGGCAGGCCCUGGCUCGACCAGGCGCAUCUUGCGCACUGCCUCAAUCAACUCGAUGGCGGCACUACGGCUAGGGUGGAACUGAUGUCCCGCGACGAGCAGAGCGUGCUGGUGGUGUCGUACGCCGAGCUGAAGCACUGCCUCGAGCAGGCCUUCGAGGAGGUGAUGCAGGCGGCCGCCGCCGAGCCCUAGCUAGCGGCCGCGUACCCGGCCGGCUACACAUUGCAAUAACUCGAGUAAACACUCCAUCGCUGCCUUCACCAACGUGGCUCACAUGCUCGGUGUUCUUUACAUGCCGCCGCUACAUCACGCACCACAUAGCACAUUGAACUGACCUAAACUAGUACUCGUAAGAAUAUUGACUCGUUUUAGUCUAUCGCAUGUCAAGAAUAUCCGUCGUAUGUAUAAACACGUGUUAGUAUGCGUUACAUGUGCAUUUUUUGACGAUGUUAGUAGUCCAGUUACAGUGUGAUGUGAAGCUGCCGAGCCGGACCGUGUUCAAUUCUGUCAUCCGCGAAUAAGAUAUUUUUGUAGGUGCGUCGCAACUUUUGUGCUGAAUUCGUACAAGUUGGUAUAUUCGAUGGCAGUUAUUGAACCAGUGGGGAUAUCAUUGUUACUUCCCCUAUUGGGGUACAGAACAUCUGUGGGAUUACCAAAAAUAAAGAGUCGUAGUGAACAAGGCGCUCGCGCCCCUUUUCUUGUCCUUCAGAAGCUCUCUCGUCUAGUUUAGUAUUUCACGACAGAGCCGGCAGAGUAACAAUGUUUUUCUAGGAAUAUUCCUAACUCUGGGUUGUAACGCGAUCUCAUUUCGGAAGCGGUCUCGACCCCUAGAACGCUUCUCAAUAACUGCACCACAUAAAAAGGUACAAUAUUUUUUAUACUUAUGACGGUAUUAUUUAUAUCUUCUAAUUAAUUUUGAUUUGAAUUACGAAUAAUUUAAAUUAAUAAUAAUGAAAUUGUUAACCUUUUGACUGCCAGUGUGAUGUAUAGACGAUAAGCCAAAAAGUGCCCAGCACGCUACACAGUCGCAACUACAAGACAGACUUGACAUGAAGCUUUAUUUUCAUUUAUAUUGCUAAUUAUGUUCUUUGACUAGUUCCCAUUUACAUUAUUUUACCUUCUUUAUUUAUUUAUCUAUAUUAUCUACACACAAACACAUUCGUGUAUAAAAAAGUACAUUGGUACUACACAUAUUAUUCCUAUUGGAUUUUUGUAGACUAUUCUCCUGUUCUUUUUUUAAGUUUUUUUUUAUUAUUUACAUAAAAUAAAAUAAAAAUUACACAUAAUGUAAAAAUCUAUUUAAGGUUGAUCUUAGCUUGUCACUAAUGGCACGUCUUUGCUUUGUGAUGUGGCAGUCAAAGGGUUAAACUGCAGGAAUUUACCUAUUCCUGGAUUUUAAGUGAUCGGUCACGCCCACAAAAUUAUUGUAUAAAAUUGGGCCUUGUCGAAAUACCGUUAUGAUUAGCCGCCUGAACAAACGCCACAAACAUUCCAAACUAACAACAAAUGGUGAGAGCUAUCAAACGACUGUUUUAUUGAAUUCAGAAUUGAGCAGUUGCUAGUAAGCUGGGCGACGCGGCGGGACCCGCUGGCGUCGCUUUAUCGAAAGACAACGGCACGCGUGUGCUUCGAGUAACUAAACUGAGUCCUGUUUUUACACGGCCACAGCCACAUCGCAUAAAGUUAAUGUUAAUGAGAGCCGUGCCCAUCAGUUUACUUACUGAGCCACGAGUGUACUCGUUGUUAGUAUAGUUACUGUUAUGUCACGUAGAUCUGAAUUUGUAUUGUGUUGGGGGCGGGGCGGUGCGGCCACCCGGUCGGUUAAUGUUAGCAAGAUCGGAAAGAUCUCGAUAAUAAACCUAUGGCAAUAAUACAGUUUUAUAUGGCCGCGGACGGCGCGCAGUGUCCACCUCGCCCUCGUUUAUAUCACGUUGUUGCAGUUUUAUUAUACAUUAAAUAAAUUUUAUUGCAAUCUGUUUCACUCUCCCUCAGACGUCGUUGCAAUGUCUGUCUCGGCGGACGUUGCAGCUCGUCGAUUGUUUCGAGUUGUAGGGUUCCGCAGACAGGUAGCUCAUUACUCUUGACUAAUUUAUGUAAGUAAAUUAUUUGUAUCGAUCAAACGAUUUUUAAUGUUAGUCGACGCUGAUUAUUUAAGUGUUAAGCAGGGUAAGCGAACAGAGCUUUUGAUAAGUUAACGACGACGUUUAAAUUUAUUUUGCUAUGCACUAUUGCGAUUAAGUAAAUCACGCUCAAUUCGUCCAUCCUAUAAUAAUUAUUGUGAUCACUGUUGAAUUAAUGGAAAGUAAAUAGAAGAAUAUUUAUAGACUGAUGUUCUGUUUGUCUGCGGAAACCCUAUGUACUCAUGUUAAUCCAGGGCAAGCUUAUUAUUCUAUUCACGUUGGUAACUUUGUAUCUAGAAUGUGUUCAAGUUACUGUUUUACCAUAAAUGACCCGUUUUUAGGGAGAAAUAUAUGACUAGAUCAAUAGACGAAAUGUACCUAGCUGCCUAGGUAUAAUAAUUAUGUUCUAAUAUUUAUUUUGAAAAUAAAGUAGACACUCCAUUGUUGAAUUUGCAAAUUCCGAUCUAUGUAGAGAUGGACUCUGAGAAUAAAAUAUUUUGAGAUAACUAUAAGUGUAUAUUUUUUUCUAACAAAUAAAACGUUUAACAAA